AAAAGGUCUCAUCACUGUUACCUUAUGAUAACCGCAGUACUACAAGUGCAUUAAAUCUUAUCCAGUCCAAGUCCCAUUUUUUUAAUACAGUCGUAUCGUUAACGUAUACCCCAGUGAUUGCAAGCGCUGGCCACUUGUAAGCGCCAAGUAUAGCUCUUAUCUUUGAAUCGAAUACUAUGUCCAUUUAGGGUGGUCUAUUCCUCUUGAUCGUUGCUGCACCAGUGAUAUAUACACAGAAUCGAAUAGUAUGUCUAUCUAGGGCCGACUAUUCAUUUUAAUUGUCGCGUGGGUGACAUAUACACACAUAUUGCCGUCAUGUCUUUAUACCUAUGCGCUGUUCUAGUACUGGUGGCUUCACUGUGCAAUGGCCAGGCGUGCCAACAAACGCAGUCCACAUGUGUGUUCGAUCAUGGAACCCUUCUCACAGUAGAGCAACUGGGGCUAUGCCUGAAUACGCUCACACUCCCUCAAAUAGACAUGCAGACUUACGUACAGCAAAGCCUGGCGUUUUACAACCGAACGUUGUCCGAGCACUACGCAUUCGCCGAUAUAAACAACGAUUCACAAGAUUCUGAAUCGAAUCUCUCGAGUGCAUAUGACAAACUCGGGUGGGGGGAGAAAUACAACGUGACAUCACCAUGGCAACAUGAUUUAAACUCUCUACUGAAUGCCAACAUGUCGAAUGUGUUUGAUUUCCAGUCAGAGUUGUUUCAAAUAACGCAGAGGAAUCUGGAUGAUCACGUGUUCCUGUCCUCAGCCUCGCCAUUCUAUCUUCUGUUGCCAUACAUCUUGGGCCAAAGAGUCAAUGCAGAUGGUGCACAAGAGUUCUAUGUAGUCCUUCGAAACGACUUCAGUUAUUGGCUGAGAGAUUGUGGGCACGAGGGUGCUAUGUCGCAGGGUACCGAGGGCAAGACCAUCGCACGGGUGAACGGCAAGCCUGCGCUUGAGUACUUCACGGAUAUUGCCGCCGAAAGGGUCACUUACAAGCAUGCUGGUGUAAGACUGAACAAUCUCAUCAUAGUAAACAUGCAGGUCAACGCCGUUGGUGUGCCUGGUUUCCGCCAGAACCCCACAGACGCUGUGAAACAAACAAUCGAGUUUUCCGAUGGGACAACAUCGAUUGUGCAACCGGUUGUGUAUGUAGCGGAAUAUACCUUUGGAUCGGAAUCACUCGUCGAGACUAUGAUGGAACCUACAUCAUAUUACGAGUCAAGGCUUGUUGACUACUACACACCGGGGGAUGAGACAGCGAUCACGAAUGUCACUACAAGGGACGACGCCCGAAGAGCGGAUACGAAAGUCGGGUACAGCUCUCGUCGCAACCUCCAGAUGUCCAACAAACUACCGGCAGGAAUAGUAUGGGGUGACUUAUACGCUUCUUUCUCGGAGGAUAGAAAGCCCGAUAGUUCUGAAAUGGCCACGCCUGUUGUGGAAGAGAUUAACAAAGAUAAGAAGCGGAGGCAGCCUGACAGCUCAUAUCCAAUGGAGGGUCUAUACCUACAAAACUCCGUGGGCGAUAUACUCGCCAAUGACAACGCGAUCAUAGUCAAGUACCCAUCCUUCUUCAGCGAUGGCCAGCCGCCCCGACAAGCAGUACUGGAUAGCAUGGAGCUUCUUCGACAUGCUGUGGAGUUGGGUGAGCGGCUGCAAAUAUCGCGCGUUGUGUUCGAUCUCACAAACAACUUGGGAGGCCACGAGUACAUAGCGUACGCUUGGGCGACCGCGCUGACAUACACCUUCACGGGAAAGAACGAUACGAGGGUGUGCUCUGCGCUUGAUCUCCGAAUGGGUCCGUUGGUGACGGCCUGGGCGAACUUGACAUCCGAGCCACCGCAGAAUGUCACGUCUGUGUCUGAUGUCGAACUCUUCGCCUUCGCGAUUAGCGUGCAGCAGUUCACCAACUUCCUUGAAGCGAUCGACAUCGACUUCCACGAUCAGUUGACAGUUCAUAUGCGCGAUGCUAUGCUGAGUAACAAUGGGUUUCUGAGUAAUGGUGGCGAAGGGCUUUUCAGUACUGAGGCGCUGAGUGAGGCGACACCGGAACAGCGCGCACACACCAUCAACACUUUCCGUAUACUUCUCUACCGCGCCUAUGUGGAGGUGUAUAGGAAACAAAUAUCGGCUGUUGAGUUCUAUGGCUUUGAAAGGGACCGAGCCUUCGACGGAUAUGCACAUCAGUGGGGGAAUUCAUCUCAAUGGACAGGCGUACUGCCCAUUGCAAUAGAGCCAGGUACUUAUAGGGUAGACUACGAGAACAACCGAUCGACAUCGUUGAGUGAUCAUACGCUAGUUAAUCUGCAAGACUAUUUCUUUGCCUCCAGUCAGAAAGACCUCCUCCGCGGAGGGGUUUGGGGCACCUACACAGAACGUGCGAUGCACCAGAAAUGCACCGCAGCGGUCCAAAACUUCGCCAUGGUGGACGACUGGCCCACCUUUGCAUUCCGGGACGUUCGGUUUCUAUCCAACGGCAUUUGUGGCUCUUCCUGCGCCAUGUUCGUCAACGCAGUCACAGCCAUCGGCAAAAACGCCGCGCCCGAUGUCACGCCUGGGCUGACUGUGACCUCAGUCACAUACGGAGGAAUCCAAGGACAACCCAUGACCGGUACGCAGUUCCCAGGCGGCAAUGUGGAGUUCUCGUCAUCAUGGUACGAGCGCCUGUUCAACGCACGCGCUCUGCUGGAUCCCUUGUACUUGCACGUGGGCCCAAACAAGGACGAGAAUAGGAAGAAAUACGAUGUGAUCAAAAGCCUGACACCUCUCCCACGGUCUGCGGGGGUGUACAUGAGCUUCACCAACCACGAAGUCUAUGAGAUAUAUGCGGGCAAGGACUCGCUGCCGACCGAGUUCUAUGACAGUCCCAGCGAUGUUAACUUGAACCUGACCUUGCCGCCUAUAGAGUAUGCUAAUGACGCGUACCUGUACAGUGAGGAAUACGAUGCCAUCCACCAGGCUGCAUCGGCCGAUAUGGUAUAACGUGCUGACCACAGGCUUGAAUGCGUGGCAUGUCGCAUGUUGGUCACCGGCAAUAAGAACUGAGUUCGAGUUUUGGUGAUAUGUCGUAUAUGGUUCGUGGUCAUGGCUAAACCCCAUCUCUUAGUAUAUACUAGUUUAAAUAAAUUACGGGCUGCGCCUAUAGAGCCACAGUGCCGGCGCC